CGUGUAGCGGAUUCUCGGAGUCGCUGUAUUGCGGUACUUCGUUUCGCGCGGUCCACGUCCUGGGCGCAUUUCCACUUAAACGGCGGAUUCCUUUUACCUUUCAGUGUCGGCUUUUGGUUCUUCUACGGCUUUCGGUUUUUUGUUUUUAUUUUACUUCUCUGCCAUGUGCUUUUUUUCUUGUGCUCUGGUGUGAAUGGGCAAUAACAGACUCUGACUGCGCUGCAACUACUCCUCCAGCUCAAGUUUUUUACAGUUUUUUUUUGCACAUACAUAUACCGUUUUAAUAACGUGCUUCCUUGUCUGGUGUCCGAAUUUCGGAACCACUGCCGACGCUGUCACUGUCGCACUCGCUGUUUCUACGGCUGCCACCGCAGCCACCUCUGUCGCUGUUCGGGUCGCGUGCAGAAAACUGGGGAAAAUCAUCAGAGAAGAAAAGGAAACCGGAAAACGAAGAUAUUCGAGAGAAACCAAUACAUGAUAUCGAAGCUAAAAUAUCCCAAAUAUCCGAAAUAUCAGAACAAUCCGAGCCGAAUCGAGCCGCGAUGCUCUGGCAUCCACUGAAUAACGAGAAUCCUACGUAACUCUGCAGAAACCGCAGCCAAAGCGAAAGCCAAAGCGAAAGCCAAACACCAACAGCAGUUCCCAUUUGAAAGUGAAACGGAAGAGGAUACGAGAGGAUACGAGGUGCCGCAGUAGGGGGAUACCAUAUCCCGAGCCCACACAACAAAUCACACACCACACACCACACACACACACAAACAAAACACACCAUGGCCAUGUUGGAGGCACGGCCGUACAGGCCCUUCAAGUCCAGCGAGGAGUAUCUGGAGGCCAUGAAGGAGGAUCUGGCCGAGUGGCUGAGCACUCUCUAUCCCGAGCUAAGCAUCAAUGCCGAGAACUUUAUGGAUCGCCUCGACACGGGCGUGGCUCUCUGCAAGCACGCGAACUAUGUGCGGCAGGCGGCUGUGGACUAUUUGGCCCGGCGACAGGCGCGCAACAAAUCGAUGACACGCUCGAUGACAUCCGGCCUGGCCGGUCCGAUCCUGGCCCAGGGCAACAUCCACUACCUGCCGGCGGCUAAAAGCGGUACCUUCUUUGCUCGCGACAAUGUCUCCAACUUCAUAACUUGGUGCAGAAAGAGCCUCAAGAUAAUCGAAUGCCUGCUGUUUGAAACGGACGAUCUGAUCAUGCGCAAGAAUGAGAAGCACGUGAUCCUCUGCCUCCUGGAGGUGGCACGACGAGGUGCCAAGUUUGGAAUGCUGGCCCCCAUGCUGGUGCAGAUGGAGCGACAAAUCGAUCGGGAGAUCGCCGCCGAUAUCAAGGCCAAUGGCGCCAACUCCUCGGACAGCGGGACACAGACGGAGGCAAUCGCCUACAGCUCGACGAUUAGCAACACGGCCACAUCCACAACAAUAACGACAACGACAGUGGGCUCGGAGACGGAUCUAUACGAUGACAGCGAUGACUCGGAGAAUGAAGAUGAUGCCGAUGAGAAUCCAAUGCUGAUGUACGGUCCCCAGCCCCAGAUAGUCACCAACGAUCUGAAAAGCCUCGAUGAGAUGGUUAGAGAUCUGGUAGAGAAAUGCACAUGCCCCUCGCAGUUUCCCAUGGUCCGGGUGUCCGAGGGCAAGUAUCGCAUCGGCGACACCAAAGUACUCAUCUUUGUGCGGAUACUGCGCUCCCAUGUGAUGGUGCGCGUGGGAGGCGGAUGGGAUACCCUGGCCCACUACCUGGAUAAGCACGACCCCUGCCGCUGCCGGGCCCAGCACCGCAGCUCGGUGGCCGCCCGCCUCAUCCCCCGACAGUCUCCCAACCACAAUCCGAGUAACGGCAUCGAGCUGCACAAGGCUCAGGUGAUAUUCGAGCGGUCACCGACCGCUGCGCGACGCGUCUUCAACAGUCCAAACUGUAACGGAGGAGGAGCUGGAGGAGCAACAGCAGCCACAGCGGCAACAGCAGUGGGAAUGGGAAUUGGACUGGGAGCUGCACAAGGCCAGGCCCAACAGAAUGGCAACAGUCUCUCCCCAAAUUCAGGAAAGUACCGGAGUCGAAGUCCGACACCGCAGCUUAAAUUCAUCAACGGUAUCCAAAGCAACGGAAUCGUGGCAGUCAGUGGCUCCUCCACCACGGCCGUUGUUCCAGAGCAACAGCUGCUGGGCUCCCCUGGCCUGACCAGGCGCUCCAUGUCACCAAGUCCCCGGCGGCUGAUCGACAUGCGGAAGAAGCAGAGCUCCCUGGACUCAUACAGCAGCGGACCUAAGUCGCUGCCAGGCGGCUGCAGCUGCUCCCUGGAGGAUUCCGGCUUGGGAGGGGGGGCGGUGACUGCCCCUUCAUCUGGAGGAGUGCUUGGCGGGGGACAGUCCGUCCCGGAGCAGGGCAACUCAAGCAAGUUUGAGAAUAUCAGCGACAACGGAAGCGAGAUCAGCGACGAAGGCUACCGAAGCCUGGGGGUAAACCAGUCGAGUGCCCAGAAGCGCGAGUCCCUGCACAGUCAGGCCUCGAUGGAAGACGCUGAAACCAAUGCGCGUCUCGAUCAGACGUCCAGCGACUCACAGAUCUCGCCUUCGGAAGAGCCCCCGGAGAAGGCGGCUACGGAUAUACUAGAGGAAGAGGACCUCAAUGGGCAGGAGCUUGACGCGGAUGCGGACGUGGACGUGGAGCAAGACUACUCUGUGUGCGAUGGCCCCCAGUCGCUGCCGGCCAUCCUCCGUCUGCCGACGAUGGCGGACAAGUUCGAGCAGUCGGGUGUAUUCAUCACCGACGAUGAGAUUACCGUGGACAUGGCCAAGAGCCCGCCCUCCCCCAAGCUGGAGAUCCAGCAGACCCCGGCGCUGCUCAGUAAAAUUCCCCGCUCACCUUUGGCUCAGCGCCGGCGCAGCAUCGACAACAGCACCUGCGGCGGCGCCGGCGGCAGCCUCCAGGAUCUGAGCUUCCGCUCCUCCGCCGGACCACCCAUCGGCUUCAGCCGCAAGCAGCCCGUGUACCGCUCCAUGCGCAGCCGCACCACGGUGGCGUCCACGCCCACGACCGUGCCUUCGCCACGCGCCUCUCGGCAGGCCUCGCAUCUACCAACGGUACGGGAUGUGACCAACACAUGGAGCGGACGCACUACAGCUGCCCCCAACAGCUGCAAGAGACGGCCACAGUGCACUCCAGAAAGCUUUGUGGCCCCAGCUCCGUUUGAGCGGUGCGGUAAGGGGCGAUCGUCCCAGAUCCUCUACGACAGCAAUGGGAGGAGGGUGCGCGGCGGAUGCACUAGCUCCCUGACCACGUCGCCAGUAAAGAACCAUGCCUCGUCCCCGCUGGCGCAGCAGCUGCUCGAGGCGGCCAGCAGUGCCAAGAACGAUGCCCAGAUCCUCGAGAAGAUGAAGACUCUCCUCUCCCGAUAUGCGGCCAGCAAUCAAACCAGUUCUGGGACAGUAGUAGUAGCCGGAGUCGUAGCCGCAGUGGGAGCUGUGAAAACCAGUUCCAAUGGCAAGAAGACGCCCAUGUACGAGGACUUUACCACAGCGUGGGUUCACAGCAACGGCAACCUGGAGCGCUCCGAGAGCUGCUCGCCCCCGGCCAAGGCUCGUUCCAAGCGGAGCUCCGCCGCCAGCUCGUGCGAGAGCAAUCACUCCACCACUGUGGAGGGAGCGGGAGCGGGAGCGGGAGCGGGAGCUGUAGCAGCCAGCGUGGUCUCGCCCAGACGGGAGCGCGGCAUGUCCAAAAUCCCGGCUCCGGUGCGCCAUCAUACAGAGCUUUACUAGCGCCCGACGACGCAAAGCGUCCGCGCCCGUUCAAUCGCCUCCAGCGCCAGCGCCAAGGUCCGACUGCUUCCGAGCGUUUUCUAAAAACCUCCCAAACAAUAACCAGGCGAUAUGAUGCGAAGCAGUAUAGUGGCGUGGGAUGGAAAAGAAAAGAAAAUGAAAUGAAAGAAAGGAUUGGGUUGGGUUUGGGGUUAGUAGAUAAAUUAGGUUAAAGCCAAGCUGGAAUUGUCGCUGCUGCUGUGCGUGUGUGUGUUUUUGUGGGUGCAGAGCAGAGUAGAGGAUGGGAGUGAAACGGAAAUCAGAACAGGAACCUAAUCUGCGAAAUCAGAAUUUGGGAUGGUCGGAGGGCUCCAUGUUCCGCUCGGGAAUACUAACCCAAAGUGAAAUCAAUUUGCAGGCCAUAGAAUACAUAGAGUUUCCAAGCUACGAUCAGGAUAAGAAUCAGAAUAAAUCAAUUAUAGGGCAAAACUUACUGCAUCAUUUACAGGCUGGGCACAAUGUUUACACCCGGCCCAUUUUCAAAUCGAGCCACAGAGCCCCAAAUCAGCAAAGCUAUCCCCAUAUUCCUUAUAAUACACACUCUCUUCUACGUAUAUAUACAUACAUAUAUAGUAUGUACAUAUACUCGUACGCAACAUACUCGUAUGUUGCAUUCUAAAGCCCUAUAAUCCUUGAACUCUAAUCAGACACCUAUAAACUUUCUCUCUCUCUAUCUAUCUCUCUUUAUGUCUUUAUCUUUCUGUAUGAAUCGGAUUCGAUCUGUGCUGAAAUGGGAUCUAAAAUAUAUGCGUACAACAAUUAAUACAAAGAAAAUACAAGACUCGAGUAAAGUUUUAAAAAAAAUGUUGGUCUAGAAAUAGCAGGAACUUUUAAAAAUAUCCAAAAACAAACAUAAAAGCAGCAAAUUGUAUCGAAUAUAUCUACAGAGCAAAUGCAAAUACCAUAUAGAGAACGCAUACAUAGUUUUCUAGAAAUUUUUAAAGGAGGUAUCGAUCCAAAAAGGAGCAGGCAAUUCAAUCUUCUAACUCGUAGAUUCGUAGGGACACAAAAAGCAACAUCUAUUUUUAUACGCUAGCAGAGGAUCUUGUGAUCCUCAGAUCGAUAGAUCAUUGUGUGAGUGUUGUGGCAAGCCGAAAUUUUUUGGAAAACUCAACUUUUACAGAAUAAAUUCACAUAAUUACAUAUAGACACACAUUCACAUGCGGAUGCAGGUCCGACAUAAAAAACGUGGACCUUUGGCCUGUCGAACACACAGAAAACUCUUCCACACCACACCAAACCACACCAGACCACACCACAAACACGCACACCUGUACAUUGCGUUUCAAGAAUUUACGGUACUUGCUUAGUCUUCUUAACUAAAACUUCUUAACUUAAUCCUUCCGGAAAUUUGUUUAGCAGAGAUCGGCACAUUCUUUCAUAUUUGAAACGCUUUGUAUCUACACACAUGCACAUGCACACUCGCAUAGAUAUGCAUGCAUACAUAGAUACAAACCAAAACUUAACAAACGGUCACAAAAUGUACAUAUGUACAAUGACAACUAAAUCUGUAGCUUUCAUGGAAGGGAAGAGAGUAUCGGAGAGCGGAUAAAGAUAAGGAUACGAUUUGGAAGGAUAGCAUAAUUUUCAGACCCCCAGGAAUUAUAUCAAACAAAACACAUACAUACAUAUGCACAUGAUUUUUGUUUUUGUUUUAGCUAUAGCAAAGUUGACUUGUAGCUUACAACAUUGUACCUAUGACAUUAACAAUAUAGAUUUUAAUUGUGUUUGUCUAUUACCCACAUAUGUAUCUACUUGUUGUAUAGUUCGUAUGUACUCGGAUAAUCGGCCUUAACAUUCACUCAAAAUUGGUUUGUUUUCCAUUGUCCCCGUUUGGCUUAUGAUGCGUUCUUCAGCUUUGUAAUGGACACCAAAUUAAUUUGAAAGCAUUGAUACUAAUUCACGUACUAUAGGAUCUAGGGGCGCGCGAUAGCGCGAGCAGCGAAUCACUACCAAACUAAUGAGUAAUCUUUUAACAAAGAGCAAACUAACAAUUUAAUUGUUUCAACACUCACACACCAUACACACAUAACAAAUAGAGAUUUGGCUGAUCGAUCCCCGGGUGUACAAGUAAUUAUAGAAGAGAAUGUGGCAAUCUGGUGGGAGGAAGGGAGGCAAAUGCACCCCGGGGCGUUUGGGCAUUAUUUUGGGCAAGAGCCCUAUACUAUAUGUAUGUAUGUACAUACGAGUAUAUUUACUAUAAUGAUAUAUCCCAGAACAUAUAAAAUGUAUUUAAAAUACAGUUAACGUGUAAUUAUCAAUUCAUUUCGAAAGCAAACUAACUAUUACAAAUGGAAUAGAUUAGACCACGAGAGUAUACUCUAGCGAACAGCAGCAUAAUAGAUUUUAAACACAAGAAUUUAAUUAAUAAACGCCUAUAUACAAUUAUAUAAACCAA